AUGAAUAAUACUAAAUUAUAAAUAUCAGAAAUACUCUUAUCAGAACUUCUACUCAUACUUACAAUUUCAUAUGGUAUGACAUAUCUCUAUAUAAGAAACUUUCAAUUAAUUUAACAUUCAAACUCUCAUCCUUGCUUGCAUUAACAUUUUCUUUACUUUUAUUAUUGCUUAUUGUAAAAUACAAAACUAUAUACUUAAUAAGUAAUAUUAAAAGCAUUUUCAUAUGUUAUUUAAUUUCAGAUUACUAACAAUUGUUUUAUAUUUUGCAUUCUCAAACCAAGAACUAGCUUUAUUAUUGAUUAAUCAUUUAGAACUCUAAUACAAUCUUAAAUUAGCAAUUUUAAGUAAAUUAGCACUUUAAGCUAUUUUAUUUGAUCAUUCAAAUCUCAUAACACUACCAUAAAAUUUGAUUUUCUAUUCUUAUUGUUUUUUUGUAUUUCUACAAAUUGGAAUACAUUAUAAAUCCAAUCAACAAUAAUCAAAAUAAUAGCUACCUCAGAAACUUACACAAGAUGCACCUCCCACAUUUCAUGCAAAAUCUCAAGAAAUUAAAUCAUUUAGACAAGAUGAAAAUUCUAAAUCCCCUGGAAUGUCAUCUUCAGACAUUAAACCAUUGUAAUUGAACAGUGUUCAGCAAGUGUUGAAUGAAGAUGAUCUCAUCAUGACUAAUAUGUACUAAUGAGUGUAAAAAGAAUUACAGGUCGUGGCUCUCAAAUUAGUCUGUUUUAGUUUACAAUGUAGAUUUUACAAUUGUAUAUUAAACUUUCUAUCUUGGAAAGUUAUAGAAGAACAUUGUUGACAAAUUGGAUUGUGAAACUACAUUUUUGGAAUCGACUAUAAUAAUUGGAUGCAAAGAGAUAAAUGAAUUAUUAGGAUAAUCAGGAUUUAGUGAUUCUAUAUUUAGUGAGUAAAUAUAUUAAAUAAUAUUUAGUGGUUCAUUUUUAUUAAAUAAUUUAAAUGAAAUACAUAAAUGUAAAAUUAAAGGUUAAUUUUCAAUUAGAGAUCUAUCAAACUUUUUAAUUAAAGAUUUUGAAAAGUAUUAUAAUUAUAUUAUAAUAAAGAUGGAGAUUUUUUACUCUAACUAUUUUUAAAGUGAAAAAUGAUUUUUUAGAUUUAGAUGGAAUUCAAAUUAAAUUAUUUGUUAAUCAAAUAGAAAAUCAUAAAUUUAUUCUAUUUAGUUUAGAACAUAUUCCAAUUCCUCCAAAAAUACAUAAUUAAGAAACUAGUUUAGUUUUAUAAAAUAUUUAUUUAACUUAUUCACAUGAAUCUAUUAACUAUGUUAAUUGCAUACUUACUUAUAUAUUAAUUCUCAUACAUCAUAUUGAUUAAUAAAAUAAUGAAUAAAAUAGCAAUGUAAUUAAUAUAUUAAUCAUAGAAUUAAAUAAACAAUUAAAAAGAUGAAUAUAUUUUUAAUAGUUUAUAAAAUAUGAGAUAUUCUAGUUAAAGAUACACAUAUUUUUUAUAUUCAAUGAAAGAUUAUAUAUUUUAUCUAAAAAAUUAAUUAUUUUUUAAGAUGAAUGCAAUUAAAAUGGAAGAUUUACUUGAUGAAUUACUUUUAAAUUUUGAACCUGUAUUACAAUUAAAAUAAAUUAAAUUGACAAGUAAUGUAGAUUUAUAAGAUGGAAAUGCAAUCAUUUUUAGUGAUGCAGAAAGAGUAAUAUAUCUUUUAAUUUAAUUAGAUUAAAUAAAUAAUUUCUUGUUUACUUUAUUAUUUUUUAUAAUCAUCAUCAUAAAGUUCUAUUAAAUUAGAGAUAAAGAGUUACACUUUAUAAGGAGUAAUGAUUACAAUCAAAGAUACAAAAUCUGAUUUUGAUGAAUUAACUAAAUAAAGAAUAAUAAAUCUAACUAAAAUCUUAAAUUAAUAAUUAAAAAGUUAGAAGGCUGUUAAUGAAUUAGAUUUUACAAAUCCAUUAGAAUUAUAAAUGAGCAUACUUCUUUGUUGGUAAUUAGCAGGUUCAUUUAAAAGAGGACUUGAAUUCUUAAUUGAUAAUUAAGGAUUUUGUACAUUCACAUUUGUAAUUGAAUCAUAGACUUCUUAAAUGAAAUAUUAAAAUUCAGCAGCAGAUUCAGGACCUAUAAAAAUUCUUGGUAAAAAAAAAUAUUUUGAAACAUCCUUAUCUUUAUUACUAUAAGAAAAUAUGAAUUCAAAUAAUCCAGGAGGAGGUGAAUCUAAAUUAUUGUCGUUUACUCAAUUAUCAAAAUAAUUUUCCUAUAAACCUACAGAUCCAAUAGAUUUAUAGAGUGCAUAUUUUUCGUAACUUUCCAAGAUUAGAUAAGAAACAUCAAAUUCUAAAGCUUUUCCUAAUAGUGGCACAAUUCAAAAAUAAUCAAGAGAACAUAGUGGAAGCUUUUCAGGAACAUUAAAAUAAUAGAUAUAAUCAGAUAGUAUUUAAUAAAUUACUCGUAUUCUUAAUAAAAAUAAUUUGAGUGUUUUAGGAAAAAGUGAAUCUCCUCAUGAAUCUCAAUAGACUUUUACACUUAUUGAUUUUGGUUAAACAGAAUAAGCAGCUAAUUAAGUAAGAUUACCAGAUUUCUAUCCUAAAUUGUUAACUCAUGUUAUUAAAUAUAGAUUAAGAAAUAAUUGUUGUUCAAAAGUACUUCUUUUAGAUAAUGAUCCAUUUUCAGUUAUUGUCUUAUAGUAAGUACUUUAGAAAUAUGAUAUUAAAUGUGAUUAUUGUUUUUCUGGAUUAUAAGCAAUGGAAAUAAUUGAAACAAAGAAAAGAUAACCAUGUCAUUGUGGCAAUCGAUUCUAUUUAUUAUAUAUAAUAGAUUUGAAUAUUCCAGUAAUGAAAAUUAUAUAUAUUAUAGAUUUUAAGAGGAGGAGAUUUUGUAUAGUAAAUCAAAUAAAUGAUGUAAAUGGGUAAUAUGGAUAAAGGAUUUGCAAUUGCCACAGCUACAGUAGUUGAUUUAAAUAGUAAAUUAGAAUGUUUUAGAAAUGGUAUGGAUUAUUUCAUAUCGAAACCAUUUGAUUUAAUAGAGAUCAGUGCAGCAGUGACAUACCUUGAUUUUUGA